AUGCCAUCGCGCAACACCAGCAGUGCGGGCUCCUCAAAGGGGCCUCGCUCACCUUCUCCCGAUGCUUCUUCCCCCACAGCAGCAGCUUCGCCCACCUCGUCCCUCCGCAGACCAUUCCGAAACAGCGUCAUUGCCCAUCCUCACGAGUACAAGGGAGCCAAGAUUCUGCCUCCCAAGACGCCCACUUCUGCCGAGCUCACCGCCAGCGAUUCGGCAGAUCAGUUGCUACAGCUCUACUCGCCCAUACUCAACUCUAGCAUUACACAAGAAGGCCCAGAGGAGAGCGAGGGCUAUGGCGCCAGUGGCAGCGCAGGACCAUCACUCCUGCACGGAGUCGUACUCGCAGAGGGCAUCAAUCUUGUCCCGCAAAGGAGUGCACCUGCGCCUCCAGUAGCAGCUCGUAGUGCAGGCGCUUCCAGCAGCUCCGCCAAUGGCUUUGCAGGCAACCCGCCAGGCUCUCCCCCUGGCAUUCCUACCACCAGGACAGCAGCACCACAACGUUCUUCCUACAUUGCCGGAUCCUACCGUAACUACGCAUCGGUGACUCCAACUCCAUCUGCUUCUCAGUCGUCCAGCAGGUCGGGCUUGCCCCCUCAGUCUCCUGGCCUCCCCUACCCUCAGACUGGCAACUCGUCCGCCCCUGCAUCGGGCCCUCCUGCAGGGACCGCAUAUCCUCAACGACCCGAGCGUUCUCAAACGGCAGACUCGGAAGCAUUCUCGUCUCUGAGUAGCCUCAGCCAGCGAGGUUACCAACAGCAGCAGCAGGUAGGGUCAGGCUUGCCGGGAGGCAUGCAUAGUCUGUCCCUUACAUCGCCGUCUUCGAGCAACAGCAGCAGCAAUGAAGCGGGAGCAAGUGGGGCGACAAGCCCAUCGGCCUCUCAAGCCCCAUCGAGCAUCUCAAGAGGUAAAGCAGACGGGCCGAAUGGCAGGAAUACCCUCAAGAGCGUAUUGGGUGGAUUCGUCAAUAGCAUGAGCGACGUCUUUUCGCAGCCAAGAAAGAUGGAAAUCUCUACGCCCUACGAUCCGGUCCACCUCACACACGUAGGGUUCAAUUCUGACACCGGAGAGUUCACAGGUCUGCCGAAGGAGUGGCAGCAACUUCUGCAGGAGUCAGGCAUCUCGAAGCAGGACCAGGCAGCCAAUCCCCAAGCUGUCAUUGACAUCGUCGCUUUCUACCAGGAUGCGACUACUCACACUGGUGACAGCGAUGCUGUGUGGAAGAAAUUCGAGGACGCCAAGGGCUCCCAAGUGGAUACAAGUACGGUAAUCAGCUCACCAGGUAUGUCGGGUACAUUGCCUCCUAGUCACGUCUACGAAAAGCCGCGAGCUGCACCACCGCCUCCAGGUUCAGGCAGUGGGCCCAUGCGGCGGCUGUCGGAGCAGAUUGCACCACAGCGCCAUGCUCCUCCUCCUCCUCGGGACAAGCCUCUGCCGCCUACAUCCAAUCCAGCAGAGAAGCUAAUGCGGCGAGGGUCGCAGAAGUCGUCGGUCUCAAGCGGCAAAAGUUCCUCUGGCUCUGGUAGCCUUCGUCCUGCACAGGCCCCUCCGCCCCUUACAGCUAGCGGCUCGAUCUCUACAGCGGGAGCUCCUUCGGCUGUAGGGGUGGCUGCAGCAGUGGCAGCUGCUGGAUCAAGCAAGGGUGCAAAACCAGUAGCAGCAGUUGUACCUACGGGUCCGGGACCUACCCCUCGCAGGAGAGAAACGAAGAAGACUGGGCUCAAGGAUGCAGAAGUCGUCGCUCGUCUGCAAGCCAUCUGUACUGAUGCGGAUCCCACGAAGCUCUACCGCUCGCUGGUCAAGAUCGGCCAAGGAGCAUCUGGAGGCGUUUAUUCGGCGUACCAGGUCGGUACCAAUCUCUGCGUAGCCAUCAAGCAGAUGAAUCUAGAGCAGCAGCCCAAGAAGGACCUGAUCAUCAAUGAGAUUUUGGUUAUGAAGGAGUCAAAGCAGCGGAACAUUGUCAACUAUAUCGACUCCUUCCUCUUCAAGGGCGAUCUUUGGGUGGUAAUGGAGUACAUGGAGGGAGGUUCAUUGACGGAUGUGGUCACGUGCAAUAUCAUGACCGAGGGACAGAUCGCUGCUGUCUGUAGGGAGGUGUUAGAGGGAUUGAAGCAUCUACACGAGCAUGCUGUCAUCCAUAGGGACAUCAAGAGUGACAACAUCCUGCUCAGUAUGGAGGGCGAGAUCAAGCUCACCGACUUUGGAUUCUGUGCGCAAAUUGGCGAGUCACAUGCAAAGAGGACGACCAUGGUGGGCACACCAUACUGGAUGGCGCCCGAAGUGGUGACCCGCAAGGAGUAUGGUCCGAAAGUGGACAUCUGGUCAUUGGGCAUCAUGUGCAUCGAAAUGAUCGAAGGCGAGCCCCCUUAUCUAAACGAAAACCCCCUCCGUGCCCUCUAUCUAAUCGCCACUCACGGAACUCCCAAGAUCAACAAUCCAGAUCAAUUAAGUCCCCUCUUUUUGGAUUUCCUCAAGUGUUGCUUAGAGGUAGACGCUGAAAAGAGACCGGACGCUCAGGGAAUGUUGAGACAUCCCUUCUUGGCCAAGUGUUCCGAUUUGAGGACAUUGGCACCUUUGAUCAAGGCGGCGAGGGAGACUAGUAAGAAGCAUUAG